AAUUCCAUUCUAUUUCUUUUUUUAAUUGCUGUGUUACAGUGCCUCAAAUCUCGCCCUGUUCUUAGGUUCCUUUUUUUCACCCAAUUUCCAUCGUCUUUCCUAACCGUUCAAUUGAACAUCCCCUCUUUUCUGGUCUUUUUGUUUUCCCAUCCCUUUCUCUAGAAAAUUUUGUCACCAAUUUUCUCGAGAAAGUUAGGGUUUUUACAAAGACAGAUAUAGAGAAGAAGCAAUCAUGAGCUUUCAAGAUCUGGAGGCUGGACGGUCAUUUGCGUCGAGGCAAAACAUGAUCAACGGAAAGCAAGACGCUUCGCAAGCUGUGGCUUCUGGCAUUUUCCAAAUCAACACCGCCGUCUCCACAUUCCAGCGACUCGUCAAUACCCUUGGCACUCCCAAGGACACCCCUGAGCUCCGAGAAAAACUGCAUAAAACAAGGCUACAUAUUGGGCAAUUAGUGAAGGACACUUCGGCUAAACUUAAACAAGCUAGUGAAACCGAUCACCAUGCUGAAGUUAGCACAAGCAAAAAGAUAACAGAUGCCAAACUUGCAAAAGAUUUUCAAGCAGUUUUGAAAGAGUUUCAGAAGGCUCAACGGCUUGCAGCUGAAAGAGAAACUUCAUAUUCCCCUUUUGUUCCCCAGUCAGCUCUUCCUGCAAGCUACACGGCAGGGGAGAUGGAUGCAAGUUCUGAUAAAAGUGCUGAACAGCGAGCCCUUCUUGUUGAAAGAAGACAAGAGGUCGUGCUGCUGGAUAAUGAGAUUGCAUUUAAUGAGGCUAUCAUUGACGAAAGAGAACAAGGAAUUCAAGAAAUUCAGCAGCAAAUUGGUGAGGUGAACGAGAUCUUCAAAGAUCUUGCUGUGCUAGUUCAUGAGCAGGGAACUAUGAUUGAUGACAUCGGGACCCAUAUUGAAAAUUCCCAGGCUGCCACUUCACAGGCAAAAUCCCAUCUCGUGAAAGCUGCAAAGAGCCAGAGAUCAAAUUCUUCUCUGGCAUGCUUGCUCCUGGUGAUAUUCGGAAUUGUGCUUCUGAUAGUGAUCAUAGUACUGGCAGCCUAAUCAGAAAGUCGUCCAAGAUGAUCAAGGGCAAACUCAAAAGAUCUUCCCAGCAGCAAGAAUGUGGUCUUCUGAGUAAUGUGUUUGACGUUUCUUUGCAAGGCAUGAUGGCUGACUCGAGUUCACUUAAUAGUUUUUCAAGUAUAUAGCAUGUGAUUAUCAGUAAAUGAUAAUGAUAUUUUUGGUUAAUCUUUGGCGGAGUGUCUCUUUUCUAAGUUGGUGUUUUGGUUUUUUUUGUUGAGGAUGUCUUUACAGCUUUCGUGUUGUAAUAAGAGUUGCAAUUUUUUGUUUUUCUAUAUAAAUAAAUAUAAAUAUAUAUAUGAGUUGUUAAA